CCUCUGAAUUUCUCUCUUUGUCAAAGUUAAUACAUGAAUUUGCUUUUAAGUUUUUCAUGAAAGCCAAGUAUGGGUGAACAAAAACUCAGACAAAACCAAAACCAAAACCAAAACCAAAACUCACCACAAUCAUCACCCUUUGACAAAACCAAUCUUAGGCAAGCCAUUGAAUUUAUCUCUUCUUUGAUUUCCCUUUCUUAUUCUGUCAAAGUCUUUUCUGUCAAAUGGCAGCUGAUUCGGAGCAAGUUAGAAGAGCUCAAUUCUGGCCUUAUAGCCGUUGAGAACUGUGAUUCUUGUGAAAACUCUGCUCUUUCAAACUUGAUUCCAGCAAUUUUGGUCACUGUUAAAGAUUGUUAUGAUCUUGCAAGAAUUUGCGUGGAUCUUUCUUACAGUGGAAAGCUUUUGAUGCAGAGUGAUUUGGAUGUUAUAUCCACAAAGUUUGAUCAACAUGUAAAGAAUCUAUCCGGGAUUUACUCGGCUGGUGUUUUGGCUCAUGGUUUUGCAAUUAUUGUUUCAAGGCCGAGUCUUAAUGCUUGCAAAGAUGAUUUGAGGUUCUACCUAAGAGACUUGUUGACAAGAUUGAAGAUUGGAGAUAAAGAAAUGAAAAGACAAGCUUUGAUGAAUUUGCAUGAAGUUGUGGCCGAAGAUGAGAAGUAUGUGAAACUAGUUGUUUUUGAAGUCAACGAGAUUGUGAAUAUCUUGGUAAAUUUUCUUGAUUAUUUGGAUAUGGAAAUCCAAGAAGAGGCUACAAGGGUGGUUUAUGUGAUUUCUGGGUUUGAUUCAUAUAAGAAUGUUUUGAUUGGCGCUGGAGUUAUUGGUCCUUUGAUUCGAGUUUUGGAAAAUGGAAAUGAUUAUGGUAAAGAAUUCGCUGCAAGAAGUUUGCAAAAGUUGACUGAGAAUUCUGAUAAUGCAUGGUCAGUUUCGGCUCAUGGUGGUGUCACGGUGCUAUUGAAAAUAUGUUCUAGUGUUGAAAACAGAGGAGAAGUCAUUGGUCCUGCUUGUGGGGUGUUGAGAAAUCUUGUUGGUGUUGAAGAAAUAAAGAGGUUUAUAGUUGAAGAAGGGGCAAUUUCCUCCUUUCUCAAGCUUGCAAGAUCCAAAGAUGAGGUUGUUCAGAUAAAUUCAAUCGAGUUUAUUCAAAAUAUAAGUUAUGGGGAUGAGUCAAUUAGGCAAACGGUGAUUAGAGAAGGUGGAAUUCGUUUACUAAUGCGAGUUUUGGAUCCCAAAUCAUCUUUCUCUUCAAAAACAAGAGAGACGGCAUUGAGAGCCAUUGAGAAAUUGUGUUUUUGUUCAUUGAAUUCUAUAAACAUUUUGAUGAAGUGCGGGUUUAUGGAAGAACUGCUUUACUUUCUUCGAAAGGGCGAUGUUUCAAUUCAAGAAUUGGCAUUAAAGGUGGCUUUUAGGCUAUGUGGCACUUCAGAGGAGGCCAAAAAGGCUAUGGGUGAUGCCGGUUUUAUGGCUGAGUUUGUUAGAUUACUUGAUGCAAAAUCAUAUGAAGUACGAGAAAUGGCAAUUCAAGCACUCUCCAACAUGGUUUCUGUCCCGAAAAAUCGAAAAAGAUUCGCUCAAGAUGAUCGAAAUAUCGGGUUACUGCUACAAUUACUUGACAAAGAAGAUGAAAAUUCAGGUAACAAAAAGUUCUUGCUAUCUAUAUUAAUGUCAUUGACAAGUUGCAAUAGUGCAAGAAGAAAAAUUGCAACUUCUGGGUAUCUUAAAAACAUAGAAAAACUUGCAGAAGCAGAAGUUUCGGGUGCUAAAAGACUUGUCAGGAAAUUGUCUACUAAUAGGUUCCGUAGUAUGUUAAGUGGAAUCUGGCAUAGUUGAAUCCAACCUCUGCCCAUUGUAUAUCUAAUAUUAAGUGUUAUCCAAGUUCUGUUUACCUUGUUUUCUCCAUCUUUUUCUCCUUUCAUUAAUUUUUCCUCUACAGCUUUAGAACAUCUUUUUGCUUAAUGUAACCAGAAGUAGAUAUCUAAUAAAAGCUGUUCUUACUGUUAUAGAUUCCACUUCUGAUAUUCUGGCAAUUGUUUAACACCAGAGA